UAAAUGCUCUGUUAAAUGGAAAUGGAAAAGAACAAGAAGCCAAAAACUUACUAGUUUCUUAUAAUAAUGUUCAGUGUCAUCUGUACUCUUAGACUUACUUAGACUAUUUAUGUUAAAAAAAAAAGAAUGUGAUCUUCUUAGAAUAUAAAUAAAAUAUAAAGGCAUAGAAAAUGACGUCAAGGAUCUUAUCUUUAAUUUCUAUCACAUUUGUCUAAAACUUGUUGACUUCACGCUCCCAUACAUUAUGCAAUACUAGCGUACAGUAUGCAGUACUUAAACAAGUAUCAUUUCUGUUGUGAAAUAGGUGACUGGAAUAUCAAGUUAUUUUGUGAUUUGAAUAUGAAAUUAUUGUAAUGUUUUAAUAUUUUAUGUAUGACAUAAGAUUAUUGUUAAUGUAUUAAGACUUUAAUUGAUCUUAUUCAAGAAUGUACUUUUAUUCCUGUAAAAAGCAAUAAAAAUUGUGAAUAUGAACAGACGUUAUUAUGAACAAUACAACAGGUAUUGCAGCUUUUAUAUUUGCUAGAAACGGGUCAUUCUGGGAUCUCCAGCCAUGAUGAAAACCAUCUAGGUUGUUAAGUUUGUGGGCUGAACAUCUUCAGAAUUAGUUCCACAUUACCUCAAAAUCAGACUCUAAGAAAAGGAUGAGGAAAAAUGUACUAAAUGAACAAAAAUGUCAUUGUCUUGACAAGGUGUUCAACUGUGUGAUAUGAAAUUUUUCAUGCAUGUUAUAAAGCAGCUUUCCCCUGUGCUUAUUAUGUGCACAAAUACAGAAUUAUGUACACCCUGUCAUUUCUUGGGGGAUGAAAAAUAAUGGUGGAAGCACCCACAAGGAGGAACCAGCUAUUUCUUUGGGAAACCUUUUGUUGGGCGAGAGAGGGCGCAGCAUGUUCCUUUUAGAGAUGGGCCUAUUUCCAGUUGUUUGUGUUUUGCCCAAAACGUUUGGGGGCCGGGGGUAAUAGUGACAGAAGUUAAGAAGCUGUUGGGACAUGAAUUUAAAAAUAGACAUCCUAAGGGUGGUAAACAGGACCCAUUCUUCUAAUAUUAAUAGGCAAAUUGAUAUCUGAUUUUAAAAGUUUAUUUAAUUGUAAUGAAAGAAAGAGGCUACUUUGUGUUUAAUAUGUUUGAAAGGUGUUUUCCGAUCAAUUGUUUAUCAGUGUGUUCUUGGUUGUUAUAGUGCAUGUACUAUGUUCUUUACACGACAGCCUUUCGAAGGGCGGAGAUCGGGAAUCUCAGCGCGAGCGACCUCUGAUCAUCUCUCUUAUCUCUCUCUCUCUUUCUCUUUCUCUCUCUCUCCGGUCCACUCGUUCAAUCAACUGGUUUAAAUAUCCGCGUCAACAGACCCGGCUACGUCAAAAUAUUUCAUUUCUGCAUUGUUUUUUUUUGUUUGUUUUUUUUAAAGCAUUAUAUGUUUUUCUGCUGAGAUGGAUACAACUGGUGACGGCAACAGAAAUAGGAGAAGUCAAAGGAACAAGAAUCAGCAGGUCAACGCUUCAGCCAGCUCGAAGAGAACAAAGGCUGUAAGGAGAAAUUUACACGAAGACAAAGAAAACGUCCCUGUAAGUGUCCAAAAGACAAAUGAACCUAAAAGAAAGCGGGAGCCCCUUCAACCUACUGGCAGUAUUCCUGAUCAUUACCCUAAAAAGAAACGUUUAGUGUCAACACAGAAAGAGUUUUAUUCCAUGUCAAAUAGACCUCUUGGACAUUGUUUGAUCAUCAACAACUUUAACUUUGAGAAAACGUCGCUUGGAAACCGGAAAGGGACAGAUAAAGAUAAAGAAAAUCUCAUCAGAGUGUUUAAGAACAUGUUUUUCGAAGUUGAGGUGUGUGAUGAUUUGCAAGCUUCAGAUAUGCAGAACGUGAUAAAGGAGCUUGCAGAGAGGGAUCACUCUAAGAUGGGCGCUUUUGUCUGCUGCAUCCUGUCCCAUGGAGAAAAAGGCUCUGUUCUGGGAAUAGAUGGAAAACCAGUUCUGAUCCGUAAACUCACACAGCCUUUCGCUGAAUGCCACACUCUAGUUAACAAGCCAAAGCUUUUCUUCAUUCAAGCCUGCCAGGGUAAUGAGGCCCAGCAAGGUGUGUGGAUGGCAGAUGGACAGGAGAAUACUAGAGAAGAAGGAACAUUUGAGGAGGAUUCUCAUACUGGAGCGUCCCACAGUAUCCCUAAAGAUGCAGAUUUUCUCAUCGGAAUAGCAACUGUUGAGCGCUACAAAUCUUUCCGCCACACAAAAGAUGGCUCCAUCUUUAUCCAGGAACUCUGCAAACAUUUGGAAAGUGGUUGUCGCAAGAAGGAAGACAUACUCUCCGUUUUAACAAAGGUGAAUAGAAUAGUGAGCUCCAGAAUCCUUCAGGGUUGCAAGCAGAUGCCCGAGGUUCGCUACACUCUAACCAAAACACUGGUUCUGCCCAUAAAGCAAGGCUCCUGAUUUGCUACAGAAUGUCAAUCUGGCAUCCAUCGAUCUGAAUGGAUCUUGUCUGAAAAGUAUCUUUUUUAAAGCAUUUGAAAUUUUAUUCCUGAAAAUGACGUACUAUUGACAGCUAGCGGUUGAAAUUGGUACUGCAAUAUAAAUUCCAAAUAUUGGAGAAAAACAUUUGUCCCUCAUCCUCCAUCUUAAACUCAGUGCUCACACUGGAUGCCAGAUUGAGGACGGAACAACAAAGAUGAGCUCAGUUAACAAUGGAAGUCAACAUGCCUUACACUGCAAGUUGAUGUCAUUUACCCAAGUUUUAUUAUGUUUCAUUAUACAGAUUAUUGUAUGGAUGCUGAGGAUUUUAGAUCAGGUUGAAUUUGUGAUCACUGACCCAGUUUGUUUGCUGCAAGGCUGCAAUACGUCUUGUUUUCUAUGAACUGGCAACACCCGGAUGUUAAAAUAUAGUUAAAGUAUAUUGUUCAGACAAAAGCAGACAUUCAGACACAGAAUGCACAUUUCAAAGUGGUAUAACUACAAGUUACUGAAAUUGGCAUUAUUGGUAUAACUGGAAAUAGCACUGUUCUUUAAAAAAUGGGUACAAGAAUUUAUUAACAUGGUAUUUUUAUGGUUUAGUAAAGCCUAAAAACGGAUAACUGCACCUUUUAAUGGCUGUGCUUUUGUAUGUAUUGUUUUAUUUUUAUGGACAUAUUUACAAGGUUAAUAGAAUAGUGAGCUCCAGAAUCCUGGUUAGGUUCACUAAACUCUAACCAGAACACUGGUCCUGCUCAUAAAGAUUUUUAUUUUAAUCCUUAAAUAAUUAUGUAAUUAUGGAAAGCUAGCUAAAUUCAGAAUAUUUCACCUUUUAAUGACUGCAUUUUUGUACGUGUUGUUUUAUUCCAAGACAUAGAGAAUUUUUUUAUAAUAUCUCUGUUCUAUUGAGCUGGAACAAAUGCACAUGUAUAUUAAAGAAUACUUUCAUGAAAGAUGUGUGUGGUAUAAUAGAGGAACGAAGGAUGGUUCUUAAGGUCAACCGUCUGUUUUCUGAAAGUAAGAACAAGGGGAAUCCACCUUGUCAGAAUUCACCUUUUAACCUGGGGGGUUUCAACCUUGACCUUGGCCCAUGUGUUCACCUUUGUACUAUUAAUAUAUUUCAGGUGUCAAUAUGCCAUAUGGUUUUAGCAUUUUUUGAAUCCCAGUGUUGACUUGUGACCUUAGAAAUGAUAUCCGGCUAUUGAUAUGGCAUGGUUUCUGACCCAUGACCUCCGUAGGUAAUAUAAGGAUUAAUUGAUUUUGAAUCUUGACAGGACAAAUUUGACCUUUUCAGGUUUAUUUUUGAUGACAAAUAAAUUACAGGUUAAAAUCUAUCAAUUUUAGAUUUUUAGAAGAAGAGAAUAAAAAUAAUCAAACCUUACUGGUCAAAAAAUAGGCAUAUUAUUAUUAUUAUUAUUAUUAUUAUUAUUAUUAUUAUUAUUAUAGAUUGA